CACAGCCUAAAUGCUUGCCCAAAUUUUGUGACGUGCAAUUUUUGGACUUGCCAAAAAAUCCUUAUCCCCCCCUAACCACUUGGUCCCCUUGUGCCAAACAGCCCACCGUCGUUUUGAACAAUGACUUCACGAGCGAUUUAUAAAGCCUUGGCGGGUUCCCGCGGGCGUUUCUUGACUAUUUCACAGCAAUGCACUCGAAACCUGUCAACUACAGCAUGGAGAGCCGCUCCUGAAGCCUCCACAACUUCCGAUAACAAACCCACCCUGGAAUCGCUGGUGCCACCGGCCGAGGCUAUCAAAACACCUAUUCGACGUGCUGUCCAAGAGGCUACCGAACCCAUCACUCAAUAUAACCUUACCAUUGCGAAAUUAAUGGCGGCGGGUCUUCAUCUCGGUCACUCGACGAGUCUGUGGGAACCUUCGACGCUUCCGUUUAUUUUUGGUACCCGUGAAGGCAUCAGCAUCAUCAACCUCGAACACACUUUGGUGUACUUACGAAGAGCAUGCAAUGUGACGAGAGAAAUUGCUACCCGUGGUGGCACCAUUCUGUUCAUUGGCACCCGUCCUGGUUUCCAGGAUCUCACCAUUGACGCUGCACGACAUUGCGAAGGUUUCCAGGUUUCCUCGAAAUGGAUCCCAGGUACACUGACCAACCGUUUCCAGGUUCUUGGUCGUCAUGCCACUCCUGAUCCUGAGAAUCCUGGUCGUCCUUCGAAAACGUUCAAACCCGAUUUAAUCGUGUUGUUAAAUCCUCUUGAAAACAAAAUCGCUAUUGCCGAAGCUCAGUUGCACAACAUUCCUAUCAUUGCCAUCACCGACACCGACUACGAUCCUCGCUUGGUGGCCUAUCCCAUUCCAGCCAACGACGAUUCCAUCCGCGGUGUAGAGUUGAUCGCCAAGGUGAUCUCCAGCGCCGCCAAAGACGGUUUAUUUAGACGCAAGCAGCUGUUAGAUCAAAAGGAAAAGGAAGCAAAGAACAGAAUGUCGAAACGAUUUUAAACCCGCAUCUCCAUAAUUUUUUAGAAACCAAACUAGUUGUAUAGAAAACCAAAAAAUAAGAAACACAGUUCAUUAAAGUAUUUGCUGCUACAAAGGAC